AUGUCUCACGGCGGUGAUCAAGGCUCAACAGAGCACAUUAACACAGAUAUUGUUACUCUUACGAGGUUUCUCACCGAAGAGCAAGCAAAAGUUAAGGAAGCAACCGGAGAUUUCACACUCCUUUGCCAUGCCCUCCAAUUCUCUUUCAAAUCCAUAGCAUAUUAUAUCCGUCGCGCCUCGCUCAUCAACUUAACCGGUCUCGCAGGAUCCAGCAACACCACUGGUGAUGAUCAAAAGAAACUCGACGUAAUCGGAAAUGAUCUUUUCAUCGCUGCCAUGAAAUCCUCCGGAAAAUGCGCCGUUCUCGUUUCAGAGGAAGAAGAAGAAGCCAUUUUCUUCCCCGAAGCUAAAGGUGCUCGUUAUGCCGUAGCAUGCGACCCUAUUGAUGGUUCCUCUAACCUCGACGCUGGUGUCUCGGUCGGCACAAUCUUUGGUAUUCAUAAACUCGCAGAAGGCUCCACGGGCACCAAAGAAGAUCUUCUCAAGCCUGGUACCGAACUCAUCGCCGCAGGUUUCACCAUGUACGGUGCCUCAGCUCAAUUAGUUAUUACAAUGAAGGGAGGUGGUGUCAAUGGCUUCACAAUGGACAACGCUUUAGGAGAAUUCAUCCUCACACAUCCCGGAAUGAAAUUACCCAAAAAGAGAUCCAUCUACUCAGUCAACGAGGGAAAUUCCCUGUACUGGGAAGAUACCACCAAAAACUACUUCAACUCAUUAAAGUACCCCGAAACCGAAGGAGGAAAACCUUAUAGCGCAAGAUACAUCGGAAGUAUGGUGGCAGAUGCCUAUAGAACAUUAUUGUAUGGAGGUAUUUUUGCAUAUCCCGCGGAUAAGAAGAGUCCAAAGGGUAAAUUGAGAAUUUUGUAUGAAUGUGCGCCUAUGGCCAUGGUUUUUGAAAAUGCCGGCGGCCAAGCAUUAAACAGCAAAAUGGAAAGAAUGAUGGAUGUAGUACCAGAAGAUAUCCACGAUAGAUCAGGUAUCUUCAUGGGUAGUUGGGAUGAAAUGGAGAAGGUGAAGUCAUUUCAUAAGUGA